AUGCCUUUCCCGCAGCCGAGCUCGCAGCAAACGGCCUUGCCUUUGGAGAAUGAGAGGACCUUUCUGGCAGGGUAUCCCGUGCGGAAGCCGUUCCUGCUCCCGAAGGAUCCUGACCGGAUCCUCGAGCAGAGGGAUCAGCUGGCACCAAGGAACACGAAGGCCAAUCCUCGUCUUGUGUCAGUUGUGUGUGGAGAGUCUUCGGCGAAAAUUCCGAAGUUCCCAAACUUAAGACCAAGGUUUUGA